GAAGAAGGCAACACCCAAACUUGUUGCCCGACUAUGUAUUUGCAGUGUAGGUGAGAGAGAAUGAUGGCGCUUCUGUUGCAUCUAACGUUAGAAUGUUGCUUGUGUUGAAGAAAAAAACAAAACACGGAGUUUGUUUGUUGUUGUAUUGAUCUACAGUAGCCUCGCGUGGGAUAUUUUUUUUUGUUGUAUCUAUAGGUUCAUGUUUUUGGGGUUGUAUUUCCAAGCGAUGGUGGCAGCAGAAGCAACAUUUCAGCUGGUGUUGAUGGAAGACUUCCCAGUUUUGCAGAGUUGCACGUUGCGAAUGCAAGACUGGAUGUAGCUGAUUGGAGUAGCGAAAUUGGUGAUCACACAGCCGAGUGGGAGGAGGGGAGAUUCUGAAAGUGGGUUUUUCCGUGUGUGACUCUCCAGCGGCCAUGUUAUCCAAGAAGCCGUGCGCUGCCGUCUACCCAACUGGCAAAGGGGGUGAGAUCUGCCAGCUACAGUCUUCCCCCGGAAUCGGAGUCGGGGGUCCCCGGGCCGGAGCAGCGACAGACCCGCCAUCGCCGGUCACAUUACCACCCCUCAGGAAUAUCAAGUCGCUCACGGUUGGAGGCAAUAAGCACACCAUGAGUGACCACAUGCACGUGGGGAACCACCAACAGAUCCACGUUCAACAGCUGUUUGAGGAGAACAGCAACAAACGGACAGUGUUGACUGCACAGCCCAAUGGGUUGACCUCUGUGGGCCGGGCAGGUCUACCGCUGCCUGACCGACAGCAGCCCGACGUCACCACUACCACGGCCCAGUGUCGGCAGGGCAGCUCAGCCUCCCUCAAGUCCACCGACAGCAAGCCCCAGCCGGCCACCCUGACCCCGGAGCAGGCCAUGAAGCAGUUCAUGCCCAAGCUUACGGCCUUCGAGCACCAUGAGAUCUUCAGUUACCCAGAGGUUUAUUUCGCUGGACCCAACGCCAAGAAGAGGCCGGGGGUGAUCGGGGGGUCCAACAACGGAGGCUACGACGACGAUCAGGGCUCCUACAUCCAGGUGCCCCACGACCACGUCUCCUACCGCUACGAGGUCCUCAAGGUGAUUGGCAAGGGCAGUUUCGGUCAGGUGGUGAAGGCCUACGACCACAAGGCCCACUGCCACGUGGCGCUGAAGAUGGUGAGGAAUGAGAAGAGGUUCCACCGCCAGGCGGCCGAGGAGAUCCGGAUCCUGGAGCACCUGAGGAAGCAGGACAAAGACUCCACCAUGAACGUGAUCCACAUGCUGGAGAACUUCACAUUCCGUAACCACAUCUGCAUGACCUUUGAACUCCUCAGCAUGAACCUCUACGAGCUCAUCAAGAAGAACAAGUUCCAGGGCUUCAGCUUGCCGCUCGUCAGGAAGUUCGCCCACUCUAUCCUGCAGUGUCUAGACUCGCUGCACAAGAACCGUAUCAUCCACUGUGACCUGAAGCCAGAGAACAUUCUCCUGAAGCAGCAGGGACGCAGUGGGAUCAAGGUCAUCGACUUCGGCUCCAGCUGCUACGAGCACCAGCGGGUUUACACCUACAUCCAGUCUCGUUUUUACAGAGCUCCCGAGGUCAUCCUGGGGUCGCGCUAUGGGAUGCCUAUUGACAUGUGGAGCCUGGGCUGCAUCUUAGCGGAGUUGCUCACUGGGUACCCUCUCCUGCCGGGCGAAGAUGAAGGGGACCAACUGGCAUGUGUCAUCGAGCUGCUGGGCAUGCCCUCGCAGAAACUGCUGGACUCUUCCAAGAGAGCCAAGAACUUUGUGAGCUCCAAGGGUUACCCCCGGUACUGCGCGGUGACGACCCUGCCGGACGGCUCGGUGGUGCUGAACGGGGGGCGCUCCCGCCGGGGCAAACUGAGGGGACCCCCGGGGAGCAAGGAGUGGGUGACGGCCUUGAAGGGCUGCGACGACCCCCUGUUCCUGGACUUCAUCAAGCAGUGUCUGGAGUGGGACCCUGCCGUGCGCAUGUCCCCCAGCCAGGCCCUCAGACACCCCUGGCUCAGGAGGCGCUUGCCCAAACCUCCCACGGGGGACAAAACAGCGGUGAAGCGUAUCACCGACGGGGGCUCUGGCGCUAUCACGUCGAUCUCCAAAUUACCUCCCACCUCGGGCUCCGCCUCCAAGAUAAGGACUAACCUGGCGCACAUGACGGACGCCAACGGGAACAUCCAACAGAGGACAGUGUUGCCAAAACUAGUCAGUUGAAGAAACUGUAAACGACAGCUAGUUCGUUGUCUCAUCUAGGAUAUCUCUUCUUAAUGGUUUUGUUUUUGUUUGUUUUUUAAAUGGAGAGAUGAUUGUGUCUCUGAGAGAGAGAGAAAAACAACCGGGGGAACCCGAACAGUACCAGUCACAGUACUCAACCGUGUGUUUUGUAAAUGGAGAGAUGAUUGUGUCUCUGAGAGAGAGAGAAAAACAACCGGGGGAACCCGAACAGUACCAGUCACAGUACUCAACAGUGUGUUUUGUAAAUGGAGAGAUGAUUGUGUCUCUGAGAGAGAGAGAGAAAAACAACCGGGGGAACCCGAACAGUACCAGUCACAGUACUCAACCGUGUGGUUUUUCUUUAGACAGAGGGGUUUAUUCAGCGUUAUUAAUUCACCGCGUCAUUGUUUAGUAGCUUUUAUUUUAAUAUAAACAAGAGAAAAACAUGAAAGUGGUCAUCAUGAAGGGAACAAUGCUUUUAGGUGUUUAGUCUCAGGACUGUGUGCUAUGAUGGAGCAGGUGGCUAUCGGUCACACAAUCUGGCCCAAGCAGAGACUGAUAACCUGGGCAUGAUAGUGUAGAAUAACAGAAUGGGUGGCUGGCCAACACAUGGCGAUAACUAACUCAUAUCUUUUAGGUGUUUAGUCUCAGGACUGUGUGCUAUGAUGGAGCAGGUGGCUAUCGGUCACACAAUCUGGCCCAAGCAGAGACUGAUAACCUGGGCAUGAUAGUGUAGAAUAACAGAAUGGGUGGCUGGCCAACACAUGGCGAUAACUAACUCAUAUCUUUUAGGUGUUUAGUCUCAGGACUGUGUGCUAUGAUGGAGCAGGUGGCUAUCGGUCACACAAUCUGGCCCAAGCAGAGACUGAUAACCUGGGCAUGAUAGUGUAGAAUAACAGAAUGGGUGGCUGGCCAACACAUGGCGAUAACUAACUCAUAUCAGACAGUCUGAAGAUAUUUAGGCUCUGCUUCUCUACCUUAUCUGAUUGAUGUAGUGACAUUAAAUAGCUGUGAGAAAGGUGUUUUUUUUUAUAAGCUAAGAUCACAGUAUCUGAGAUUAGGUUUUGGUCAAAGAAAUGCAAGGAUGGAAAGUGGCUGUUUUAAGACUGUUAAGAGUUAAAGUGAGAGGUUGGACCGCGGCGUGGAAACAUUCGUUUACCUGACAGACUACGCCUGUAAUUCUCUUGACAUUCCUUAAACAACUGAACUAGAACGAGGGGGGAAAUUAGUGCAGGUUUGUCUUGUUUUCACCUGUACCAGAAACAAGGGAGUGAUACACGGAAUAAUGAGUUCUGUCAGAGAAGAGGAGGGGAGAGGAGGGGAGGGGAUGGGAGAGGGGGGGAGAGAAUAAGGAGAGGUGGAGAGAAUAAGGAGAGGAGAGAAGAGGGAGAAGAGGAGAGAAGAGGGAGAGGAGGGGAGGGGAGAGAAGAGGGGAAGAUGAGAGGAGGGGAGAGGAAGGGGGAGAGAAAUGGCAUCUAUCAAAAUAUGAGAUGUCAACAUAAUAAGUUAUUAGGUGCUAUUCCUUGGUACAGCUGCUGUGAAAUGUAUAUCCUCACAGCAAAACAAUGGUGCUUUUUAGUUGAAAAUUGAUGUAAAGAGGAUUUUAGAGCAAAAAUGUCUACUUUGUUUUGUUCUAUCAGAUUAUUGGAUGAUUAGAAACUAAAUGUGCUGAGGCAGAGUAGAGCUGAGGUGAAGUGGCUUUGUGAUGAUGUCCUCAUCAGAGAGGACUGUGUCUGUGAUGAAGGACUGUGGAUAUUAUAAUUUCCUCAUCAGAGAGGACUGUGUCUGUGUUGAAGGACUGGAUAUUAUAAUGUCCUCAUCAGAGAGGACUGUGUCUGUGUUGAAGGACUGUGGAUAUUAUAAUGUCCUCAUCAGAGAGGACUGUGUCUGUGAUGAAGGACUGUGGAUAUUAUAAUUUCCUCAUCAGAGAGGACUGUGUCGGUGAUGAAGGACUGUGGAUAUUAUAAUGUCCUCAUCAGAGAGGACUGUGUCUGUGUUGAAGGACUGGAUAUUAUAAUGUCCUCAUCAGAGAGGACUGUGUCUGUGUUGAAGGACUGUGGAUAUUAUAAUUUCCUCAUCAGAGAGGACUGUGUCUGUGAUGAAGGACUGUGGAUAUUAUAAUGUCCUCAUCAGAGAGGACUGUGUCUGUGAUGAAGGACUGUGGAUAUUAUAAUGUCCUCAUCAGAGAGGACAGUGUCUGUGUUGAAGGACUGUCGAUAUUAUAAUUUCCUCAUCAGAGAGGACUGUGUCUGUGUUGAAGGACUGGAUAUUAUAAUGUCCUCAUCAGAGAGGACUGUGUCUGUGUUGAAGGACUGUGGAUAUUAUAAUGUCCUCAUCAGAGAGGACUGUGUCUGUGUUGAAGGACUGGAUAUUAUAAUGUCCUCAUCAGAGAAGACUGUGUCUGUGUUGAAGGACUGGAUAUUAUAAUUUCCUCAUCAGAGAGGACUGUGUCUGUGUUGAAGGACUGUGGAUAUUAUAAUGUCCUCAUCAGAGAGGACUGUGUCUGUGAUGAAGGACUGUGGAUAUUAUAAUGUCCUCAACAGAGAGGACAGUGUCUGUGUUGAAGGACUGUGGAUAUUAUAAUGUCCUCAUCAGAGAGGACUGUGUCUGUGAUGAAGGACUGUGGAUAUUAUAAUGUCCUCAUCAGAGAGGACUGUGUCUGUGUUGAAGGACUGUGGAUAUUAUAAUGUCCUCAUCAGAGAGGACUGUGUCUGUGUUGAAGGACUGAUCUAGGGUCAGGCUGGGUAGGUAGGUAGGUGCUUACUACAUGGGCAUGACUGCAUAUACUUGAAUAGAAGGUGUUCUUCAGAGCCUGGGGUUGUCUCAGUAAUACUGAAUAGAAGGUGUUCUUCAGAGCCUGGGGUUGUCUCAGUAAUUCUGACUAGAAGGUGUUCUUCAGAGCCUGGGGUUGUCUCAGUAAUACUGAAUAGAAGGUGUUCUUCAGAGCCUGGGGUGGUCUCAGUAAUACUGAAUAGAAGUUGUUCUUCAGAGCCUGGGGUUGUCUCAGUAAUACUGAAUAGAAGGUGUUCUUCAGAGCCUGGGGUGGUCUCAGUAAUACUGAAUAGAAGUUGUUCUUCAGAGCCUGGGGUUGUCUCAGUAAUACUGAAUAGAAGUUGUUCUUCAGAGCCUGGGGUGGUCUCAGUAAUACUGAAUAGAAGUUGUUCUUCAGAGCCUGGGGUGGUCUCAGUAAUACUGAAUAGAAGUUGUUCUUCAGAGCCCGGGUGGUCUCAGUAAUACUGAAUAGAAGUUGUUCUUCAGAGCCCGGGUGGUCUCAGUAAUACUGAAUAGAAGUUGUUCUUCAGAGCCCGGGUGGUCUCAGUAAUACUCCGGGUUGUAGUGAAAGGCAGUUAGUGUUAUAAGACGUGCGUAUAAAGCCCUCUGAUUAAUCAGGACUUAAAGGUUGACUCAUGUAGCUUUUUGAAUGGCUUAGUUUAUACCAUGUUGACUGUUGCAACUGUAGAGGAGCAGUUGUAUUUUUCACUUGAUCCUUUCUUUAAUCAUAUUUUCAGUAGUGAACCCGAUACGUGUCUCUGGCCAGAGUGUCAAUUCCUAAAACGCUUGUUCCCUUGCACAGCCCCCCCCCAAAAAAGUGUUCCCAUAUCCCCCUUUGCUUUAUGCGGAAGGCAACCUGUAAAACAGACUCCUAAACCUAGUAAUGAACAUUUUCCCCAAAUGUGUUGAACCUUCAGAUUUUCUACAUUUUCUAAAAUAUUUGACAAAGGUUUUUAUUAGUUCACCAUAAAUCACACUGAGAAUUCUUUAAAGCUUUUGUCAAAGUUGUACUUGUUUAUUUCACAUAAACCAACAUUGUUAAAUAAAAGAGGCAAUCUAAAAGAUAUGAAACUGAACUUUAGGGCUGAAUGGAACAGAAUGUUGUGUUGUUGUCUGGUUGGUCGGUCGGUAACCACGGAGCCACUUAUGACCUAAUGCACAAGAACUAUACUAUUGGGAUCCUAUCAGACUGUCACUGUGUGGAUACUUGGAGGCUCCAGGACACGGAGCAGAAGACUCUGUUUUGAUUGGAGUUCAGAACAGGUGUGGCUGGCUGGGGAUUGGAUGGACGACCUGGUGACCUCAUCAGGUCAGGGAGUAGAGCCCCGGCCUGCCCCGCUGAUGAUUGGUUCAGUGCCUGCCAGCUGCACACUGCUCAGUAGCCCCGCCCCCUUUGGAACCCAUUGCCACCUGCUGAUUGGAGAACAUCAGCGGGGAGGGGCAGGACAGGGGGCGGGGUCACAACAUUCUUUUUGACUUUUUUAUUGUAGUUGUUUUGUGGAUUGAUAGUCGGGAGGAAUCGUGUCCUUAGGUCGAAUACAAUGUGCCUUUGGUUAUUAAUGCCAUUCAUUUAGUAACCCAGGACCAGUAACAUAAUGACUUCAUUCCCCUACACCUCCCUACAGCACAUCUCCCCUGAACAUACAUCCAUUUCACAGAUGUUUGAAAUGUUUACAGUCAUUUUUCAUGGAUGUUUUCUUCAAGCCCAAAGACAGUCUUCCUGGCUUAACCUCUGAUGUGGUAGCGAGGAGAAAGCCAAGCGGCCGCACAAUGACAGGUAUUACAUGGUCUGCAUCCACAAUGGCACCCUAUUCCCUAUAUAGUGCACUACUUUUGAUAGGGCUCUGGUCAAAAGUAGUGCACUAUAUAGGGAAUAGGGUGCCAUUUCGGGAAACAGCCGUGCAGUUUUCGAGACAGAGCGUCAGAUCUUUUGGGAUGACUAACUCUCACCUGGAAACACCCUUUGCCAACAGGGAACGCUUGGUAAGAAGCGAUCACCUUAUGCUCUGAAAGUGUUGAGGAACUGACAGCCUCUGUCUUGUCUUAACAUCAAAACAAUUCAAGGGGUUAUAGCUGUUAGCUUCAUUUUAUUACUCCGAGAGAGAAGGACAAAAAUACAUUUGAAUCUUUACCUCAGACUGUUGUGAUAGAUAUCUCUUCUUAUUGUGAUGUGAAUAACCCAGGGCAUUUGGUUACAUACCAAAGUGCAUUUCUUUCUACGUUUGUGGCUAUGAGGAAAUGAAGCCAGUGGAUUUUGCCUCUUAUUUUUCUGAGUAAAAAAAUAAGGCACUCAAACCACUUUUGGUCAUUCAAGGGCCAUAUCUAUCUAUAUCUCUAUCUAUCGAUCUGUCUGGAGAAUGCUUGUCUUCAGCUGAGAAGGAAGUAGAGAGAUUGGAGUACAGUGUUUAUUUUAUUACACCACUGUCUGAACGGCGUAGCACAACUCCAAACCUCUGUGUGCUCGACACGGUUGGAUGUAGCUUCUUUUCAGUGCAGUGUCAACUGUCCUAUCACAAUCUGCAGUCUAUAGUCAGUCAACCCAAUGUGCUACUCCACGGUAAGGUAACAUAGCUGUGGCAGAAUCAAGCAUUUGGCUAUAUUGUAAAUGUUUAGAAAAUGUUAAAAAAUUAAAAUACUUUUUUUUGCUA